GUGCAGUUUAGGUUAAGUACCAACACUUAACCAGACAAAAUAGGAGAGAGAAUUUCGCUUCAUUUUUUAAAAAGAAAAAAAAAUAUAAACAAAAAAUAAACGGAGAAAGUUGCGAAUUACAAACCGCCGACUCUCUCCCUCCUUCUUUCCUUCCUUCCUUCCUUCACUAUCUUUCUUUCUUCGCUGCUAAAAAUUUCAUCUUUUGAAAAAAUCAGGGCCAAAAAUGAGCGAUAAUAACAACAACAACAACACCAACAAUGAUCAGAUGAACUUAUCUGAUCUUGCCGUCAAUCUCCCCGCCGCCGCUGCAGCUUUGAGCGCUGAGGAUAGGGCUGGUCUUGUUAAUGCGCUUAAGAAUAAGCUGCAGAAUUUGGCAGGAGAACAUUUUGAUAUACUUGAUUCAUUGACACCAAAUGUUCGCAAGCGUGUUGAAGUUCUUCGAGAGAUUCAGGGCCAACAUGAUGAGCUUGAGUCUAAAUUUUUCGAGGAAAGGGCUGCUCUUGAGGCAAAAUAUCAAAAGCUCUAUGAACCACUUUACACAAAGAGAUAUGAUAUUGUUAAUGGAGUUGUUGAAGUUGAAGGUGUUACAAAUGAAACAAUGACAGAGCAAGCAGAGGAAGAAGCACCUGAAGAGAAAGGUGUACCUAACUUUUGGCUCACUGCAAUGAAGACCAAUGAUGUUUUGGCCGAAGAGAUUACAGAGCGGGAUGAAGGAGCUCUCAAAUAUCUCAAAGAUAUCAAGUGGGUCAGGAUUGAUGAUCCAAAGGGAUUCAAGCUUGAGUUCUUUUUUGAUACAAAUCCCUAUUUUAAAAAUACUGUUCUUACUAAAACUUAUCACAUGAUUGAUGAGGAUGAGCCUAUUUUAGAGAAGGCUAUAGGAACGGAGAUUGAGUGGCACCAAGGAAAAUGUUUAACACAAAAGAUCCUGAAGAAGAAGCCUAAAAAGGGAUCAAAGAGUGCCAAACCAAUUACUAAGACUGAGAGUUGUGAAAGCUUUUUCAACUUUUUCAACCCCCCACAAGUUCCUGAUGAUGAUGAUGAUCUUGACGAAGAUGCAGCAGAGGAACUUCAGAAUAUGAUGGAACAAGAUUAUGAGAUUGGCUCUACUAUCCGAGACAAAAUUAUACCUCAUGCUGUAUCGUGGUUUACUGGAGAGGCUGUUCAGGGGGAUGAGUUUGAUGAUAUAGUUGGCGAAGGGGAUGAUGAUGAUGACGAAGACGAUGAUGAUGAAGACGAGGAUGAUGAUGAUGAUGAGGAUGAUGAUGACGACGACGAUGAGGAAGAAAUUAAGAUCAGGAAGAAGACAUCAUCUGGACCUAAGAAGGGUGGAAGAGCACAAGCUGGACUACCUGCAGGAGAGCAUCCUCCUGAAUGCAAGCAACAGUAGUUGCUCUCGUGCUACCUGAAGAAACAGAAGCUUGACUGCGCAUCUGGUCUAUGCUGUUAUAUGGUAUUGAGGUUUACCCCUGGAGUUUUGAUAGAUGCAAUUCCUUCUGUUAUCAAUUACUUAAUUCAUUGCGUCUUCCCUUUCACUUAUGUGGAGGCUCUGUAAUGUGCUUGGGUAGUGAGUGUUCUUUGUUCGAUUUGUGGGUUUGAAAGUGAAGAUUUGAAAUAUAUGGGUUGUUUAUAUAUUUAUUCUCUUCAUUUGCCUUACCAUUGUUGAAUCAAUGCCUAAGGUCGUUUUGUCACUAAGCAUAUGUUUGAUUACAAACUAUUUCUUUUUGCUGCGUCCAAAUUUGUAUA